UUCAAAUGGAUUUGGACGCCGACGUGGUUGUAGUAGGGGCCGGGGUGGCUGGACUCACCACCGCCUACUCCCUGCUCCAGAAGAACCCCUCCCUCAUUGUGACCGUCCUCGAAGCCACAGACAAAAUCGGCGGUCGCGUCCUCUCCACACCCCUCCUAGUGCAAAACAAGACCUUCAGGUCGUUCGACUUGGGGGGUCAAUGGAUAAGUUCGCAGCAGACGCCGCUUUUGGACCUUCUCCAGGAGCUGGAGAUUCAAACCGAGCAAAGAAGCGACGUCGGAAAAAUCGUCGUUAACGCCGAAGGGCGGCUGUAUAGACGAAAUCGACGCAACCCGUGGGGGUUUUGUAGUUCAGCAGCCAAACUAGAAAUGGCUGCAUUUGCGGCGAAAAUCGAGAAGUUGUGUUUGAGGAAGUCGCUAGAGAAAGAAGUGGCGUCCAGGAAGAUGCAGGAUUUUAUAGAGGAGCACUUGAGCCACGAUAUUAAUAAAAUUAUAGUGAGGUCUUUGAUUCUAAUGCACUGUGGAGUAGACGCUCGAAAUCUGACGGUGGGUUUUUACAUUUUCUUUUGUACUUCUACCCAUGGAAUCGCCAACCAGCUGGACCUCGAUGGUUUACACGAGCUGAGGAUACGAAAUGGGGCUCAAGACAUCUGCAACAAAAUCGCGACUUUGCUCAGGGACACCAUCACCCUACACGUUAACACCAAAGUUCUCCAGAUUAAAACCAACAAGUACAACGUGGAGAUUGACUCCAGUCGCGGUACUUUUCGUAGUAGGAACGUAGUAGUGGCCGUUGCACCCCCAGCCAUCUCCACCAUCAAUUUUCUCCCGCAUCUACCAGCCCCCAAAAUUCGAGCUCUACGCAGUGUGGUCUGUGGAACUUUAUGGAAGUUCGUAGUUUCUUACCAGUACCCGUUUUGGUGGAAAGAGGGUUUUUCGGGCGACAUCUACAUCCUAGAUGGAGAAGGACCCCCAAAGUGCCCCAUUAUUUGCUGUUUUAACAACAUAGUCCAAAACAAUGCGGCUUUAAGCGGCUAUUUCACCCCAAAUAGAAUCCAAGAGCAGAUGGGUUUUCUACAAGAACUAGCUCAGUAUCUGGGGGCCCCCACCCUCCAGCCGCUGCAACUCGCAGCACGCAAAUGGACCGCAAGCCCCAUGUGUUGUUUCAAUAGCCACGAAGACGUCGAACACAUCAGCAGUUCCAUGAAACGGGUGUUUUGGGCCGGCGCUGAAACCUCCAUGGAGUGGUACGGAACCAUCUGCGGGGCCGUCAUUUCUGGGUACCGCGCAGCAACCGAAGUUUUGUAUGACAUGCACCCGGCGUUACUGACAGUCAGCGACAUGGGCACCCUCACCCCCAACUCCACACUGAUCAGGAAACGCAUGAGAUUCUACGACAACAUCUACAGAAAGAUGCUCAAUCCCCACUACCAAGUUUCCACGUUGUUCGGAGUCGUUCUACUACUCCUCGUGUGGCGCAAAUUUAACAUAAACACUCGUUUAAGAAACAUUUUAUUAAAAUAA